AUGUACCAUGCUGAGACUCCAGUGAAGUCACCGGUCCAAAACGGGAUGUUGGUCAAGUCUCCACCAUCAGGUAUCUUUAGGACAGCCGUCUUCCUCACCUGCAUUAACUCCGUAAUUGGUACAAAUCCUGUUGGAAACAUUGUCCAUGCUAGAGAUGGGCGAAGUAACCCGAAAGAGGUCGCAAACAUAAUCAAGUCCAACCACCUCGAUAAAUUCUGUUCAUCAUGGCUUGGAGCCAAUGCGCCAGCCACAACCAUCACCAAGACUGAAAUAGACACCAAGAAGCAGCACGCAACGGUGACUGUUGAGCAAGUCUUGACAGUCACAAAAGGGGCGACCACGGUUACCACCGGUGUCACCGCUACGCAGGGGCCGGGAACGGCAGUCGUUGAGACAAGUUAUGUCACAGACACCGUGACCAACCUCUCUACGGACUUUGCUGUGGUUACCAGCCACAUACCGGCGGGGACGGAGACCGUUACUACGACGGUCGCGACUAGCACGGUCACGAGUGAUGCUGGUAUUGUAACAUCAAUCCAAACCGCGACAUCCGUUAUUGUGAGUACCACAACAUCCACCACGACAAUCACCGCAACCUUCGGGACGCCUACAGUAACCGUUGCCCGGCGUGACAGCGGCCCAGCGAAGCGAGAGCGUCGCGGCAGGGUUCCUGAUUGCCUCGAAUACGCCCCAGACAACCUUAUCUCCGCCGGAUGCUCACUUGCCUAUGGCCCAGUCAAGACUAUCGUCGAAACCGUCACCGUCUGCACUACUUCAACCAAAGCUGCGCACACCACAACGGCCUACAUCUCGACGACGACAGUUCCUGGGAACAUACAGACAGCUACAUCCACCACUACCAUCACCAAUGCCAACCCCACGGUGACCACCAUCAUUAGAACGACUUCCACAGUAUUUGGAACCGUCUCCACUACAAGCAUUACGCUCGUCCCAUCAACACUCACCGAAACCCUCUCCACCACCUUCACCAGCACCGUCCUCUCCACAAGCACGCUCCUCACCACAACCACCGUGACCACUUCCACUACCUCCACCGCCCCAGUCGCAACCUACACCGUCUGCCCCGGACAGAACCGCGUGCCCGGCGCCUUUGGAAUAGGCGUCAACGCCGGCAGCGGCGUCAUCGACGUACCUGGCUCCGCCACGGCCGAGGAGUGCUGCUUACGGUGCUAUGAUCCUGCCCGGACCCAACGCUGCUCAGGGUGGGUUUUUAGUGCGCCUGGCUUUUGUGCUCUCGUAUAUAAUGCGGCGGGGCCGAACCCAAGCGCUACUUGCCCGAAUGGGUUGGGCGAUUAUUUCCUUAUCACAGGCGGCGAUCCGGCUAAUGAAGUUGGUGGGCCGGGUCCUUGUGCGGGGAAUCAGAUAUGA